AUGGACGUCGGCACCAGCAAGCUGCACUACCCCCUCAUCGCCGGAUACAGAAUAGGCGAGGAGAUCGGUGGCGCGAUCGACGACGAGCACUCAAAGGUUGCGGCGUGCAAGGUUGUCAAUGUGUUUGUCUCGUCAACGCAGCACGCGACGCCCAACGUGAAGGAGCUCCAGAAGGAGGUGCAGGUGCACAAGUCACUGAAGAACUCGUACAUUCUCGAAUUCCUUCACUCCGAGAUCGUCGAUAAGGCGAAGGAAGCCGCUGGCGUCGUGCCUGGACUGUACAUGUUGUUAGAGCUCGCGGUCGGAGGUGACCUGUUCGACAAGAUCGUUGGUAUUCCGGAAGACCUCGCCAAGUUCUACUUUGCGCAGCUCGCGUCGGGCAUCGGCAUCGCACACCGUGAUCUGAAGCCUGAGAACCUCCUGCUCGCUGCGAACGGAAACCUCAAGAUCACCGACUUUGGUCUUUGCGCCGUCUUCCGCUACAAGGGGAAGGAGCGGUUACUGAGCGGACGAUGCGGCAGUCUUCCCUAUGUUGCUCCGGAGCCGUACAAGGCGGAGCCCGUCGACAUCUGGGGCAUGGGUGUUGUGCUCUUCACGAUGCUUGUUGGCAACACGCCAUGGGACGAGCCGUCUGAGAAUGCGAUCGAGUUCCGGGCCUACGUUAACGGCGAGAUCUGGCAGUACGACCCCUGGUGCCGGAUACGCGGCCAGGCGCAGACUAACCACCAGACCCUCGCAGCUUACGCGCGAGCAGAUUCCGGAGGCUCUGACGCAAGGAAUGCGCACGACAGGAAUGAUGUCCGUCGCCGACCCAACAUUCACACAAGGAGACCAAGCAGACUAUGCCGUAGACGCGUCUUCGGCAACUCGCAAUGGUCCUCUCAGUGGAACCAGCAGGAGUCGCAGUUCAUGCGCGGUACCGGAAACCUGACGCAGGGCGGCGACUUUGACAACAACACGACGCGAUUCUGGCUCGCCCUCGACCCCGCCGACGCCUUCGCUCUCAUGCAGCAGUACCUCGUCGGCCUACUCGAGGAGCACAACGUGCAGGUGAAUGCGGGCCGCAAUGCGAUCCGCGUCCACAAGGCCGCGGGGCAGAAGAGCGUCACGGGCGUGUUCCUCCUCAAGGCGAGCGACACGCAUGCUCCUUCUGGCCAGACGCUCGUCUCCAUGCGCCGAGAAAAGGUGAGCUGA